UUUAAUAAUCUCUCCUCUAUCCUUGAUUUUCUCCUUGUUCGUCCUUUCUUUCUAUCUCUCCUCCUCAUCUUAACCUUUUCUUUUAUUCCUUUUCUUGCUCUUUCUUCUCUUCCACUUUCCUCUUGUUGAUCAUCUGUCUUUCUGCUCUUUUCUCUUUCUUUCCUUUUCUAUUAGGGUUCUUGAUCUCCUCAUUUGUUUUAUUUUUCCCCUCCUCUCAUCUCCUUUCCUGUUUUCUCUUGUUUCUACUCCUCUUCCCUACAGAUCUCCUCUUUUCCACAUCCUGUCUCCUUCACUCCUCUAUCCUUGAUCUUCCCCCAUCUUUCUUUUAUUCCCUCUCUUUUUUCCAUUUUCUAUCCUCCCUUUCUUCCUCUUCUCUCAUUUUUCUUUAAUUCCUUCUCUCAUCUCCUCUCAUCUCUUCUUACUUCUUUCCUCUCCUCAUCCUUGUGAAUCUCCUCUUUUUCUCUUUAUCUCUCUUCUGUCCUUGAUCUUCUCCUCCUCCUUCCCUCUCCUCUCUCUCUUCUUUUUUCUUUCCUCUCCCAUCUUUCAUUCCUCUCCUCCGUCUACAUACCUCAUCUUGUUUUUUGUCAUCCUUCCUUUGCUCUUUCUUUCCUCUUUUCUCCUCCUCUCCUUGACUCACCCCUUUUCAUGUCUCCUCUAUCCUUUCUUCUCAUUCAUCUUUUCCUCAUCUCUUCUCACUUUUUCUGCCCUUUUGUUUGUCUUCCCUCGUCUCCUUUCGUCUCUUCUCUCUUCUCCUCACCCCUAUAAAUAUUCUUUCUUUUUCAUUUCCUCGUCUCUCCUCGAACAUCGAUCUUCCCAUUUGUCCUUUUCUUCAUUUACUCUUCAUUAUCUCCUUUCCUUCCUCCCCUACCCUCUGUCUUUGUUUCCUCCCGUCUUCUUUCUUUUCCAUCCUCCCCUCUGAAUCACUUCUUUCAUUCUUCCCACCUUCCUCAUCUCUCUAUCUUUAACUUUCCUUACCUCUUUCCUUCUUUCUUUCCUCACAUUUUUUUCUUUUCCUGCUCACUUUCUUCAAAUCUUGUCUCUCUUUUUCUUCUUCACAUUCAUCCUCUUCCUUUCCUUUCGUCUUUCCUGUCUCUCCUCACUUCUGCGAAUCUCCUCUUUUUCCUCAUCUUUCCUCUGUCCUUGAUCUUCUCCUCCUUCCUUACUCUCGAUCCUUCCUUUCUGUUUUCUUUCCUCUCCUGUCUUUCAUUCUUCUCGUCCUCCUUCUUCUUUUUCUUCCUCCUGUCCCCUGCCCUUUUCCUCAUCUCCUUUCUCUUCCCAUUUUUUCCUUUUUCCUCUCCUUAUUUCACUCCUUUUCAUUUCUCCUCUAUCUUCUCCUCAUUCGUCCUGUCUUUCUUUCUGUCCCCUCUAAUUUUCUGCCCGUUCUCUCGUCUCUUCGGCAUUUCUCUCUUUCCUCGUAUCUUUCUUUCCUCUCCUCCUCUGUCCAUGUUUCUCCUGUCUUCUUUUUCAUUUUUCUCACCUGUGUCUCUUUUCCUUUCCCUUGCAAAUCUCCUCUGUUUUAAUCUCUCUUCUGUCCUUGAUGUUCUCCUCCUCCUUCCUUACUCCUUCCUUACUCCUUCCUUACAUCCUUCCUUUCUUUUUCAUUCCUCUUCUUUUCUGUCCACAUAUCUCCUAUCUUCUUUUUCAUCCUUGUCUGUCUCCUUUUCCUCAUCUCAUUUCUUUUUAUCUUUACCUUUCCUCCUCUCUUUCCUUCCAUCUUUUCCCCUCACCCUCUUUCUUUCAUUUUUCUCAUCUCCUAUUUUCUUCUAAUCAUCUCUCCUCUUCUCUCGUCUUUCCUAUCUCCUCUCGUCUUCUUUCAUCUUCUUGUAUUCAUUUUCCUCUCAUCUCUCCUUCCUGCCUUCCUUUUCUCCUCCUCCCUCUCCAUUUCUUUCUCCUUCUUCUAUGUAAAACCUUCCUCCCUUUUCUUUCUCCUCUUUUCUUUCUCCUUCCUCAUUUCCUGACCUUUAUCUAUACUCUCCAAUCCCACUUGUCGUCCUCUCCUACAAAGAUCUCUCUCCUCUCCACGCAUCUCUUACUCUUUCCUUUCAUCUCUCCUCCUCCUCCUCCUCUUCCUCCUCCUCCUCUUCUCUCUUCCAGCGGUAGAGUCAGCGAACAGCGAGCGGCAGCAGCAGUGUCACUCAGCUCGGCAGCAACUCGCAUGAAAGUCGGGAGCUCUGCUUUUCUUUCUUCUGCAUCUUUGCUUUUUUUUUCUUCUUUCUUUUUAAAUCACCUCCUUUUUAAAAAAAUCUCUUCUUCCCAUUUUCUCAUCUCUUCUCUACCUUUUUCUUUUCCUCCUGCCACACUGAUCUUUUUCUCAGUGCAGCAGUAUGAGGGUACCGUGCAUAACAAAUGGGGUUUCCGUCCUUGCUCCAACUAGAUCUUGUAGCCAUAUGCAUUUCUUUUUUUCUUGUUGUUGCAUCUCAUUGGAAUAAGUAGGCCAGUCUCGUAGCUUUUACACAGUAUGUCAACCUGUGGGUUCCGAUGUGCUUGUGAGUGGAUAUUUUAAGGUGUGACUUUUAAAAAAUCCUACCUUAAAUCAUGCAAAUCCCUCAUGCGGAGGCAAGAUGUGUUGCAGCACAUUGAGGAGUGUGUUUUGGAGGUGUAAUGUUAUGAAGUGUUUACUGUAGCUGAGAGGACUGGAGACAUGCAUGUGUAAUUUUUGUUCUGUUUGCUUUUAAAAAAUCUAAUAUUUGGAAGCUGGUUGCUUCUUUCCUUUUUUUCCUCAUUCUCUUUGCCAGUUUUGCACUUUAUUUCCUCACUGGCUGCCUCUUAGUGCGCCAAAUGCACAGGAGUUUUGAAAAAUGUGGAUCAUAACCGUUUAACCAGGAUGGACUUAUCGGAUGUAUUCACGCCUGUAAUGGCCACGAUGCCGGCCACUUUGCUGCCAAACUCUUCUUUGGAGAAUGUCAGCCAGGCGUCGCCUUCCUCGUCCCGACCUCCUCCUCUACCUCCUCACUCGCAGGUGGCGUCGGUGCUCAUCGUGCUGGUGGUCACCGUCAUCAUCCUGGGCACCGUGGUGGGCAACGUCCUGGUAGUGGUGGCAGUGUUCACCAGCCGAGCCCUCAGGGCGCCUCAGAACCUCUUCCUGGUGUCUCUGGCUUCGGCGGACAUUCUGGUGGCGACGCUGGUCAUCCCCUUCUCUCUGGCCAAUGAGGUCAUGGGCUACUGGUACUUUGGUUCCACCUGGUGCUCCUUCUACCUGGCUCUGGACGUCCUGUUUUGCACUUCCUCCAUUGUCCACCUCUGCGCUAUCAGCCUCGACCGCUACUGGUCCGUCACUAAAGCCGUCAGCUACAACCGCAAACGGACACCCAAGCGGAUUAAAGCGAUGAUCAGCAUCGUGUGGCUCAUUUCUAUCGUCAUCUCGUCCCCGCCGCUCCUCAUGACCCAGAAGGAGAAGGACGUGGAGUCUGAGGACGAGAGCGACGCUCCGAUGCAGGAGUGUCUCCUCAUGAACCAGACGUGGUACAUCCUCUCUUCCUGCCUCGUGUCCUUCUUUGCACCGGGAGUCAUCAUGAUACUCGUUUACUGUAAGAUCUACCGCGUCGCCAAGCAGCGAGCCUCCACCGUGUUCGUGGCGAAGAACGUGAUGGAGCGGCAGCCGUCACAGUCCGAGACCUGCUUUGUGGGCGCCGCCAGGACUUGCCAGUUAAAAGGAGCCCAGUACGAGCUGGACAGUCCGCGGCCUACGAACCGACACAGCUCCUCCAACGUGGACAGCAACAGCAGCGGCCACCGGAGAGGAGAGCUGGAUGACAUCGACUUAGAGGAGAAGAGCUGCGAGGCCGACGUGAAAACAUCCUCCUCGUUUUCCUCGUCUCUGCGCUUCCCCAGGAGGGCCGCCGUUAGAGUGAAAACAGAGGAGGGGAAGGAGGCCGAGGGAACAGCAAACAGGUUGAAACCUCCUCCUCCUCCUCCGUCCUGCGCCUCCAUAUCCUGGGCCUCCUCCGAACACUGCUCCCACCACUAUCUCCUCCCCUCUCCGGUGCCGUUCCGCAGCCGGCAGAUGUCUCUUUCCAAAAACAAAGUGGCACAAAUGAGGGAGAAGCGCUUCACAUUUGUUCUGGCUGUGGUGAUGGGCGUUUUUGUGCUCUGCUGGUUCCCAUUUUUCUUCACUUACAGCCUCCACGCUGUCUGCAGGGAGAACUGUGUCAUCCCCGACACGCUCUUCAACCUGUUUUUCUGGAUCGGAUACUGCAACAGCUGCCUGAACCCCAUCAUAUACACGAUUUUUAACCGAGACUUCAGGAGGGCCUUUAAGAAGAUUUUGUUCCAGACUCAUAAACGGACUUAAGAUAAAAAUGUACAACCCUGUCACCCAAAUAUUACAUUCCCACACAACUUAACUGCGCUCUCAUUUACAUUUUUUAAAAGAAACAUAUUUUCUCUCAGAAAUGUAAGACUGCAAUGUUGUCACAAAACCGACCAUACCUGCCUAAAUAAAUCGAUGGCUAGAUGAUACCACAGCCAAAAUCUGAAACAUCAGGAAAAGUAAUGGAAUAAUAGAUGACAGAAGAUGGAACUUUACAAUAACAUAAACAUUUACAGUAAUUAUAAUGCCAUUUCAAGGCAGUGAACGAUGAGAAACAGCUGCAUUGCAACAGAUGUAAAUUAUUGUACUACAGUGUGUUCAAAUAUUGUAACUCUUCGCCAAAAUCAGCUCUUGAUGAAGGUUCAAUCCUUGCAGAAAUAAGUGCAGCAACAAUUGAGUGCACAUUUUAAUCUUUAACUUUCACUCUUUUAGCAGGUAUUCAGUUGGUAUUUGCUGACAGCACACUGUGAACACCUGAUUUAAAAGUUUGCAAGCUAUGGAAAAGUUGGUGUUGCAAGUACAAAAGCUGCGUUUGCAUAUAGAUGUUGACAGAAAUAUGUUGCCACAUUGCUAAGUUACCUUAAACAUUAAACCAUAUGAAACAUUUAUCGCUGGUCUUUACAAAUGGCCUCUUUAAACUUGGAUGGUGAAAAAAUGUUUGUUUCAAAACGAAUCUCACGCACAUUUGACUUAUAUUUGAGGGCAAGAUGUGCUUAUGUUAUCUAUCAUGUUCACUAACCUGUCGCUCUUUGAAUUCUUUGUUAAAGUCAGCAUGUCUGUCGGCGAGAUGCUUUACUAAGCUGGACCUGUCAGCUCCAACAGUCUUCAUAGAUAAAACAUCUUUUGCAGACAGGCUUUGCAGUGUCUCACCCUCACUUUCAGCUAUGUAAGCGAUAAUUCCAUAUUUCUUUUUGUCCGUUUGCCUUAUGGUGGCAGGAAUGUCUCACCACAACUACAAUCACACUGUCCUGCUGUGGCACAUUGACAUUAAUCAUCGGAAACGCUGCUCUCAGCAAAACACUGCUGUUCAAAUAAAGUAAUGGUACCAUUAAAAUGGGAUCCAGUAUCACUUUUAAUGGCAGAAUAUUGCAGUACUUUUCUAGUAGCGGCAUAUUGUACUAGUGUGUUAACAUAAGCAGAGAAAGGCUUCCAGUUUGAAGGAGCCAGAAAGGGAAGGAGGAUGAAGGCAUAAGGGGGUGCAAGUAUGAAAGAGUCCACGUGACAUAAUUCAUCUUCUCCUGAAGUGUGCAAGAGUCAAUGAAUUGCUCCACAUGCAUUCGAAUGAAGUCCAAAAUCUGCGUAGAGUGAUUUCAUUAUAAAAGCAAUAAUGCACAUGGUCUGCAGUAGUGUGCAUGGAUGAAUACGUAGGUGUGACCUACUGUGCACGUGUGCAAUGGAGUCUUCCAAGCAGGCUACCACAGACCAGAAAAGCAGUAAAAUUCCAGCAACUUUAAAUCCAUGGUGUCUACACCGGAAUAUAAUCAAGGCUUAACCCUCCUGUUGUCCUCAUUUAUGGCACCAAAAAAUAUUGUUCCCUUGUCUGAAAAAAAAUCCAAAAAUUCAGGAAAAAUUCCCCAAAUUUAUAAAAAUUUGCAAAAUCUUCAGGAAGAAAAUUCAUUGAAAGUUUCCCUUGAAAGUUUAUUUUUAAAAGAAAAAAAUCCCCAAAUUUGGCAAGAAAAAUGUAAAAAAUUAAAAAAAAUUAAAAAUUGUAAAUAUUUUCAAAAAAUGAAUAAAAAUCUUCCAAAAAAAUCCUAAAAAUAUCUAAAGUGAUUCCAUAUAUAUCAGUAAAAGUUCUAAUAUU